AUGACGUUCAAGUUAAUCGAGGUCGACCCUACUUCCGAUUUCGACGAACUUAUUGAGUGCGAGUGGGCUUCCUAUGAAACGCCAAAUCAAAACUUCUUCCGCCUCUAUUGCCCCAUUCAUGGUACGGGUCCGACUGCCCGAGCAGAUUCGCUCAGGGAAUGCACAAGGCGCCGACUGGACUGGCACAAAUCGGAUCCCUCGAGCUACUGGCAAAAGGUCGUCAACAGCGAGUGCAAGAUUGUGGGAGGCGCGUUGUGGAAAAUUUGUCCGACAUAUACCCUCAAAAAAAUCGAUUCGCAUUCCCAGGUCUCCUGGUACCCAGAGGGAGGACAGCGAGACUAUGUCGCAGCAGCACUUGAGCGUAUCCAUGCAGUAAGAAAGAAGGUGGAGUCGAGGCCGCAGGUUUUUCUGACUACUAUAUUUACACAUCCCGACUAUCGACAUCAGGGCGUGGCCGACUUAAUGAUGAACUGGGGCAUUCAGAAGGCGGACCAGAUGGGUGUGGAAAUGUGGCUGAAUGCGACGGUAUAUGGGCUACCGCUCUACAAGAAACAUGGGUUUACUGUUGUCGACGAAAUCGACGCUUCUCCCAUCGCGGAUAACGCGAGUGACGAGUGGAGGAACAUGGCACGGCGUUCAGAACCCAUGAACAUGUGGCAAAUGUGGAGACCAGUCGGUGGCUAG